AUGGAGGAUAAAGGGGAGAACGGGCAAGCUGUAAAAUACUACCGACUGUCAGAAAUCGAGGAACAGAAUACGUUCAAGAGUACAUGGAUUAUAAUCAACCAUAACGUGUACGAUGUCACCACAUUUCUGGAAGAGGUGAGAAAAUUAGGUUACACGAAUGGUUAAUAUUAUAGCCCAUCAAAUGUUACUUGAUUUAGGCUAAUGUCCAUAAUAUAUCAAUGGCAACAGUCAACUAAACCAGUGUUUCUCAAGCCUAGGACCAGAAUUGAGAAACACUGAACUAAACCCCAUGGUCAGUUUUUCUCAGCAAUCAUCCAAGGCUUCAUUUCAAUAAGGCCUACCAUUGUGUGAACAUUCCAUAAAUCAGAGGGUUUGUAGCCUUUUGGUUGCCGGUAGCCAGCAGAUUAAGACCCUACUAUUACGCUUGUUUACACUGAGCUGCACUGGGAUCAGAACGCAAUCAUGGUUACAUUAAGACACUGUGGAGCCAGCGUGAGAUAUUGGUCGGAAAACGUACCUCAAUGCAGGGAUGGGAUAUGCCACUGUACUCCAAAUUGUACCUUUAUCCACACUGAUACAUUGAGAAUAUUUAAAUGCUGCUAGUUCUCCAAGAAAACUGCCCUUUUUGUCUUUAUGCUAACUAGCAGUAGCCACAUUAAAUGGCACUUGUGUUGAACAACAAAGGAGCUGAUUGGCUGACACUGCCAUUCCUAAAUGGCUACUUCUAGCUAGCAUGAGGACGAAAAGGGCAGUUUUCCAGGAAAACUAGCAGUAUCUCAAUCUUUUGCAGCCCUCUAACCAAUUGUACUAUUAUGUGUGUUUUUCCGCAUUAUUUGUAAUUUAUUCUGUACAUAAUGUUUCUGCCAUUGUCUCUUAUAACCAAAAAGAGCUUCUGGAUAUCAGGACAGCGAUUACUCACCUCGUAUUGGAUGAAGAUUUUUUCUUCAACAAGUCGGACGCGAAGGAUAUCCUACAGACACCCGACAAGGCCCAAAUCCCCGUCAUUCGCAUGAGAAGGAGACAGAGAUAUCGUGGACGUAGGUCGGGGUGCCUUGUAAGGAUUCGACGGCGAGCGAGUAAACUGCCUCCUCCAUCAAUCCUAUUAGCCAAUGUUCAAUCAUUUGAGAAUAAAUUAGAUGACCUAAGAUUAUGGUUAUCCUACCAACGGGACAUUUAAAAACUGUAAUAUAAUAUGUUUCACCGAGUCGUGGCUGAACGAUGACAUGGACAACAUACAGCUAGCGGGCUAUACGCUACAUCGGCAGGAUAGAACGGCUGACUCCGGUAAGACAAGGGGUGGCGGUCUGUAUAUAUUUGUAAACAACAGCUGGUGCACAAAAUCAAAUACUAAGGAAGUCUCGAGGUUUUGCUCGCCUGAGGUAGAGUAUCUUAUGAUAAGCUGUAGACCACACUAUUUACCAAGAGAGUUUUCGUCUAUAUUUUUCAUAGCUGUCUAUUUACCACCACAAACCAAUGCUGGCAUUAAGAUUGCACUGAAUGAGCUGUAUAAGGCCAUAAGUGAACAGGAAAAUGCUCAUCCAGAGGCAGCGCUCCUAGUGGCCGGUGACUUUAAUGCAGGGAAACUUAAAUCAGUUCUACCUAAUUUCUACCAGCAUGUUAAAUGUGCAACCAGAGGAAAAUAAACUCUAGACCACCUUUACUCCACAUACAGAGACGCAUACAAAGCUCUCCCUCGCCCUCCAUUUGGCAAAUCUGACCAUAACUCUAUCCUCCUGAUUCCUGCUUAUAAGCAAAAACUAAAGCAGGAAGCACCAGUGACUCGGUUAAUAAAAAAAGUGGUCAGAUGACGCAGAUUCUAAGCUACAGGACUGUUUUGCUAGCACAGACUGGAACAUGUUCUGGGAUUCUUCAGAUAGCAUUGAGGAGUACACCACAUCAGUCACUGGCUUCAUCAAUAAGUGCAUCGAUGACGUCGUCCCCACAGUGACCGUACGUACAUACCCCAACCAGAAGCCAUGGAUUACAGGCAACAUCCGCACUGAACUAAAGGGUAGAGCUGCCGCUUUCAAGGAGCGUGACUCUAACCCGGACGCUUAUAAUAAAUCCCGCUAUGCCCUCCGACGAACCAUCAAACAAGCAAAUAGUCAGUACAGGAUAAGAUUGAAUCGUACUACACCGGCUCUGAUGCUCGUCGGAUGUGGCAGGGCUUGAAAACUAUUACAGACUACAAGAGGGGGGGGGAGGGGGGGGUGCUCUGUCCCCUCCUGUUGGCCAGGCCAGGCACGACUCCAACACCAUCAUUAAGUUUGCCGACGACACAACAGUGGUAGGCCUGAUCACUGACAACGAUGAGACAGCCUAUAGGGAGGAGGUCAGAGACCUGGCCGUGUGGUGCCAGGAUAACAACCUCUCCCUCAACGUGACCAAGACAAAGGAGAUGAUUGUGGACUACAGGAAAAAAAAGAGCACUGAGCACGCCCCUAUUCUCAUCGACGGGGCUGUAGUGGAACAGGUUGAGAGCUUCAAGUUCCUUGGUGUCCACAUCACCAACAAACUAUCAUGGUCCAAACACACCAAGACAGUCAUGAAGAGGGCACAACAAAGCCUAUUCCCCCUCAGGAGACUGAAAAGAUUUGGCAUGGGUCCUCAGAUCCUCAAAAAAUUAUACAGCUGCACCAUCGAGAGCACCCUGACUGGUUGCAUCACCGCCUGGUAUGGCAACUGCUCGGCCUCCGACCGCAAGGCACUACAGAGGGUAGUGCGUACGGCCCAGUACAUCACUGGGGCCAAGCUUUCUGCCAUCCAGGACCUGUAUACCAGGCAGUGUCAGAAGAAGGCCCUCAAAAGUGUCAAAGACUCCAGCCACCCUAGUCAUAGACUGUUCUCUCUGCUUCCCCACGGCAAGCGGUACUGGAGUGCCAAGUCUAGGUCCAAAAGACUUCUCAACAGCUUCUACCCCCAAGCCAUAAGACUCCUGAACAGCUAAUCAUGGCUACCCGGACUAUUUGCAUGGCCCCCCCACCCACCCCCACCCCAUCUUUUUACGCUGCUGCUAUUGUGUUAAUUAUUUAUGCAUAGUCACUUUAACUCUACCCACAUGUACAUAUUACCUCAACUACCUCAACUAGCCAGUGCCCCCGCACAUUGACUCUGCACCGGUACCCCCCUGUAUAUACAGCCUCCCUACUGUUAUUUUAUUUUACUUCUGCUCUUUUUUUCUCAAUACUUUUUUGUUGUUGUUUUAUUUUACUUUUUUAUUAAAAAAUGAAUGCAUUGUUGGUUAAGGGCUGUAAGUAAGCAUUUCACUGUAAUGUCUACACCUGUUGUAUUCGGCGCUUGUGGCCAAUAACAUUUGAUUUGAUUUGAUUCUCGGUGUAUAAGUACAGUGGCAUAUCCCAUCCCUGCAUGGAGGUAUGUUUUCCUACCCAUAUGUCACGCUGGCUCCAGUGUCUUAAUGUAACGAUGACUGCGUUCCAACCCCAGUGCAGCUCAGUGUAAAUAAGCAUAAUGGUAGGGUCAGAAUCUGCUGGCUAGGUUCCAGGGAGCUAAGUGGUUGGGGUCAAAUUCACAGAUGAAAUGUCUAGGAUUAUAGUUUCCAAAUUGACUGUUCUAAAUUGGUUCAUAGCCUACACAUAGCCCUAAUGAACUAAAUUUACACAAAUAUGAUUGGUCUCAGUCAGCUCAUGUCUCAACCUGGAUUUGUUACCCAAACUAUUAAGUGUUCAUAACCAUCAUCUUCAGUGGGGAAAAAAAGUAUUUAGUCAGCCACCAAUUGUGCAAGUUCUCCCACCUAAAAAGAUGAGAGAGGCCUGUAAUUUUCAUCAUAGGUACACGUCAACUAUGACAGACAAAAUGAGAAAAAAAAAUCCAGAUAAUCACAUUGUAGGAUUUUUAAUGAAUUUAUUUGCAAAUUAUGGUGGAAAAUAAGUAUUUGGUCAAUAACAAAAGUUUCUCAAUACUUUGUUAUAUACCCUUUGUUGGCAAUGACACAGGUCAAACGUUUUCUGUAAGUCUUCACAAGGUUUUCACACACUGUUGCUGGUAUUUUGGCCCAUUCCUCCAUGCAGAUCUCCUCUAGAGCAGUGAUGUUUUGGGGCUGUCGCUGGGCAACACAGACUUUCAACUCCCUCCAAAGAUUUUCUAUGGGGUUGAGAUCUGGAGACUGGCUAGGCCACUCCAGGACCUUGAAAUGCUUCUUAAGAAGCCACUCCUUUGUUGCCGGGGCGGUGUGUUUGGGAUCAUUGUCAUGCUGAAAGACCCAGCCACGUUUCAUCUUCAAUGCCCUUGCUGAUGGAAGGAGGUUUUCACUCAAAAUCUCACGAUACAUGGCCCCAUUCAUUAUUUCCAUUACACGGAUCAGUCGUCCUGGUCCCUUUGUAGAAAAACAGCCCCAAAGCAUGAUGUUUCCACCCCCAUGCUUCACAGUAGGUAUGGUGUUCUUUGGAUGCAACUCAGCAUUCUUUGUCCUCCAAACACGACGAGUUGAGUUUUUACCAAAAAGUUAUAUUUUGGUUUCAUCUGACCAUAUGACAUUCUCCCAAUCCUCUUCUGUAUCAUCCAAAUGCACUCUAGCAAACUUCAGACGGGCCUGGACAUGUACUGGCUUAAGCAGGGGGACACGUCUCGCACUGCAGGAUUUGAGUCCCUGGCGGCCACUACCACGGCGCUUGAAACGCCAAGGUAGUGGGUUCGAUCCCCGGGACCACCCAUACACAAAAAUGUAUGCACGCAUGACUGUAAGUCGCUUUGGAUAAAAGCGUCUGCUAAAUGGCAUAUUAUUAUUAUUAUUAUUAUUAUUAUUACUGAUGGUAGGCUUUGUUACUUUGGUCCCAGCUCUCUGCAGGUCAUUCACUAGGUCCCCCUGUGUGGUUCUGGGAUUUUUGCUCACCGUUCUUGUGAUCAUUUUGACCCCACGGGGUGAGAUCUUGCGUGGAGCCCCAGAUCGAGGGAGAUUAUCAGUGGUCUUGUAUGUCUUCCAUUUCCUAAUAAUUGCUCCCACAGUUGAUUUCUUCAAACCAAGCUGCUUACCUAUUGCAGAUUCAGUCUUCCCAGCCUGGUGCAGGUCUACAAUUUUGUUUCUGGUGUCCUUUGACAGCUCUUUGGUCUUGGCCAUAGUGGAGUUUGGAGUGUGACUGUUUGAGGUUGUGGACAGGUGUCUUUUAUACUGAUAACAAGUUCAAACAGGUGCCAUUAAUACAGGUAACGAGUUGAGGACAGAGGAGCCUCUUAAAGAAGAAGUUACAGGUCUGUGAGAGCCAGAAAUCUUGCUUGUUUGUAGGUGACCAAAUACUUAUUUUCCACCAUAAUUUGCAAAUAAAUUCAUAAAAAAUCCUACAAUGUGAUUUUCUGGAUUUUUUUUUCUCAAUUUGUCUGUCAUAGUUGACGUGUACCUAUGAUGAAAAUUACAGGCCUCUCUCAUCUUUUUAAGUGGGAGAACUUGCACAAUUGGUGGCUGACUAAAUACUUUUUUUCCCCACUGUAAUUUUCUCUCUUGGGUUUCUUUGCACUUUUCAUAGGCCUAGUCUAUAUUACAAUGUAGCUUAAUGACAAAAUGAAAUAUUGCCAGAUAAAAUAGUCUCAAAAUUAGACGAGUUAAGGCGAGGCCAGACUGGCCCAUUGAUUUGAUCCAUAUCUGUGAUUUCCAAUGCUUUCUCAAUGGGAGUCGUGCAUUGAUGGUCAACGAAGAUGUGUCCAUAUCCAUCCCUGAGCAAGACCCUUAAAGCUGCAAUAUAUAACUUUUUGGGUGACCUCACCAAAUUCACAUAGAAAUGUGAGUUAUAGAUCUCUCAUUCUCAUUGAAAGCAAGUCUAAGAAGCAGUAGAUCUGUUCUACAGUAUGUGUGCUAUCUCUAGGCUUCCCGUUCUUAAGUUGUUUAUGCAUCUUUUACUUCUGGUUUUGUACACCAGCUUCAAACAGCUGAAAAUACAAUAUGUUUGAUUAUUGAAAAUAUAUUUCACAGAGGUUUAGAUGGUACAAUGAUUCUCACGUAAACUGAAGUUAGGCGAACUAUUCAAAUUUUAGCAACCAGGAAAUGGCAGAGUGAUUUCUGCAUAUUGCACCUUUUAACCUUUAACUUCUCCAGGGGAGUUGCACUGUGGUAGACCAUUUGUUCUCCCAAAAAAUAUGUUCUCACUCUGUGUGUUUAUGUGGUGUCUAGGUGGUUGGGCUUAGGGGCAAAAGACAAUUUCCCUUCGCAAGAUAGACAAUAAAGUACUAUUCUAUAAAGUUAUAUUCUACUCUGCACAGUUGUUCAUUUGUUCAGUCAGGUUUCACGAAGCUACCUUAGACACAGUGUAUAGUGUAAUUUGGGGAUUCCUUAUUUAGGCCAAUAACACGCAGUCAAUAGGUCAAGCAUGACAAAUCUUACUGUUCCAUUGGGUUCACCCAUGAUGAAAUAUUUGAACCUGUUGUACAGUCUCCAAAUGUAGGUGUGUGUUCUAGACUUUUUAUGUUUCUGUUAUAUUAUGCAAAAAAUACUAUGUUACAUUAUUGCUUCUGGUCCUCUCCUUUCCCAAUUGUCCAUUUUAGCUACAGUUUAACAUUAGCUUGGUUGAGAAUAAAACAGUGGUAAUGGACACUUGUUAGUAUGCGCUCAAUAAGCCUAAAUUGCUUGAAAAAAACUACUCUGACAUGUACAGUAUAUUACAGCACCCAGGCGGAGAGGAGGUCUUGAGGGAACAGGCUGGUGGCGAUGCCACGGAGAGCUUUGAAGACGUCGGACACUCAUCAGAUGCCAGGGAGAUGGCUGCCAACAUGGUCAUUGGAGAACUGCAUCCAGUAAGCACUCUUCAUGUUUCAAACCAGCGUUUUAAAAGCUUUACGUAACUUUUGUCUCUGGCAAUCAGAAACUAAGCUUCCUUUCUGUAUCUGUAACAAUGGCAAUGCUGGGAGCCUCUGCCUGUAAGUUAUUGCAGUAUCCCAAAACCCCAUAAUAUGGUGUUAUUUGGUCAUGGGGAAGAGAGGUAUGUUUAGGGUACUACAGGGUAAAUGCUCUAAUUUGACAUUACUACAGUAUACUAACAACCUGUAUACAAAACUCUUUGUAGCACCUGCGCUACUGGUUCCUUGUAGCACUUUCGGUACUGGUUGCACUAUUAUUCAACUGGUAGUGUUUGUCUUAAUGAAUUCCAAAAGUAAUUCAUAGGUUGUUAUUGUUUCCAAGUAAGGACCCGUCAUCUUCUUUACCAUAAAAUUAAGUUGUAUAGGUUUCAGAGUUAGCAGGCAAAUUCUACUCUCUUUUGAGGCAUGAGACUGGAUUGUUAGAAUACGGAUAAAAACAAAACACCCAGACAAACGUUAAGUUGCUGUCUGAGAGUCCCUUCUUGCACAACUCCUGUGACCUAUUGAGUGGGAGGAGCUGCUCAAGACAAGUCUGGCACUGUGAGUGGAGUAUAGUGGCUGAACACAAUAUGGUAUUGUGGUUGUGUUGUCCGACCUGUUGUGUUCAUUGAAUGUAAGCAUACUGACAUUGGCUACCCUUCCAUUCUCUUUUUGUCAUCUUGAUUGAAUGCAUAUGACCAUGAUGUUGUGUAGGACGUUUCAGUGGUCCCAUAGUCCUGCUAUGGCAAUGAUAUGGAAGAGACCUCUUAAUUUUCAUUGGAUAUAUUUGUUGAAUAAUUAAUCAUUCUGGUUUCAGUUGGCUGAUGUGAAACUUAAUAGCUCUACAUUUUGUCUGUUUUGGUAAACUGCUUUGCUGCAGAGUAUAGAAAUAAUUUAGUUCUCAGCCUUCCUCCACAUCCAGUGUAAUCUAAUGUUUUUUAUGCCUACCAACUCAUAGCAUAAUAAACAACCUCUCUCUCUCUUUCUCUCUCUCUCCCUCCCAUUCUCUUCCUUCCUCUCUCUUGUGCAGGAUGAUCGGCCAAAGAUGGCCAAACCUUCAGUAAGUAAAACAACUAUCUAAAAUGUGAAAAGUUACGCUACUCAUAUAUCAGCACACAUAGUAAGGUGUAGCCAUAUGUUUUUGCUUCGAUGAUAAUAAGUCACCAACAUUUUGAUGGCAAGCUGCCUUCAUCAAGGUUUAUUUUGAAAACUGUAGUUCACAUGUAUAAUACAUAUAAAACAAUAACAUGAGUCAUAAAGAAAGGCCUACUCAAAGAUAGAGAUAUCCAUGUAAAGAUUUGUGGAGGCCUUACAGACUUUCCUUUUCUUACAGGAGUCACUUGCCACCACAAUCGAGGAAACCUCAAGGUAUGUAGGCACCCCUGAUGCCAUUUUCAUAUUCUUGGUUUGAAACAAAACUGAUUUAAAUCAGAAUUUAUUUUAGCAAGUUUGCAUCUGCAUGAGCUAUGGAUACUUCAGAUGCUUGUUAAUGUUUUUAUGUAUGUUUAAAAUUCAUUGGGAUGAUUUUUCAAAUGCAGUUUAGUCCUGCAAUCUGGCAGAACUAUUGUUUGCUAUUCUACGACAUUAGUCAUUUUUGUACCAUUUCAGCUGUCCGUUUUACUGAUGUACUGUAUCAGAGCUCUUGUUGUUCCUCUCCCCUUAACAGUUGGUGGACAAACUGGUUGAUCCCCGGUUUGGCUGCGGCAGUCAUCACGGUUAUGUACCACAUGUACACAUCCGUGGAGCAGUGA